AUGGCGUAUGAUCCAGCGUCCCCAACAAAGGAACCCGAAGAUGUGCCGAUGUUGUUGGAUCUCUCCAUCAUACCUCUGUCUGGUUCUACUCCGAUUACCGUCAGUUCGGCAAAUGUGACUGAGAUUCCCCUCCCACCAGCGGACAUCAAUGCACUGAAAAUACCGCUACCUCAUGCUGCUGCUGAUGAGGCGCAUUAUCCCCUCGCCAGCAUCCCGCAAAUUACAGUCCAACCUCUGAAGCCUGAUCAGCCCGAAGCAGAACCUCCUUCCGGUCCGUUGAAAUUUAGCUUUCGGAUAAGCUCUAAACCUUUUAACAGUGAUGCUUCUGAAGAGCCAGGUAAUUUCGAAUAUUGA